CCAUUCCUUGAUUAAUUCAUCCACAUGGAGAGAAAGAGAAACAGAGUCUGGUAGGAAUAGAAGAUAGAGAGAGAGAACUAUACAAAGACAUAGACACAUACACAUUGCACAGAAAGAGAAGAUGAGAGAGACAAAGAUGAAUUUUCCCCAAUCUCUAACAACAAUCACAUUCCUCAUUCUCAUUCUCAUCUCCUCCUCGCCGGCGGCGGACUCCUCCGGCGACAAUCCGACCGCCUACGAAGUCCUCGAACGCUACUAUUUCCCAAUCGGAGUACUACCCAAAGGCGUCACAGGCUACGAUCUAGACAAAUCCACAGGCAAGUUCUCUGCGUACUUGAAUGGUAGUUGUUCUUUUGCCCUAGAAGGUUCGUACCAAUUGAAUUACAAAUCCACUAUCAAUGGCUACAUAUCUGAGGGAAAGCUAUCGAAAUUGGAAGGUGUGAAAGUCAAAUUGUUCUUCUUUUGGGUCGAUAUUGUUGAGGUUGAUCGGAGCGGCGACGAUCUCGAAUUUUCAGUUGGGAUUGCGUCGGCUGGGUUUUCGAUUGAUAAUUUUGAAGAGUGUCCUCAAUGUGGCUGUGGAUUGAAUUGUGGUGAUGGAGAUGGAAUCAAGCUUAGGACUAAUCGAUUUGGUGUUUCUUCUUCUUCUUCUUCUUCUUAAGUAGAAUAUGAGAAGUAUUGUAUUGGGGAUUUUGAUUUAUGUGGUGUUGUUGUUUAUUGAUGUUAAUAAAAAAGGGUGGAAUUAGUUUUGGAUAA